AUGGAAGUAGGCUGUGGAGCCGCUUUCAGAGAGAAAACAGGCUGUGGAGCUGGUUUCAGAGAAAAAGCAGGCUGUGGAGCCGCUUCCAAAAAGAAAGCAAGUCAUGGAGCUGCCAAGGAAGCAAGUUGUGAAACCGCUUUUAGAAAGAAAGCAGGCUCUCUAGCCACUUUAAAAAAGGAAGCACGUUGUGGAGUCACUUUUAGAAAACAAGCAGGCUGUGGAGCCGCUUCAAAAAAUAAGGCAGGUUGUGGAACCACUAAGGAAGCAAAUUCUGGAGCCGUUUUCAGAAUGGAAGCAGAUUGUGGAGCCGCUUUCAGAAAGGAAGCAGGUUGUGGAGCCGCUUUCAGAAAGGAAGCAGGUUGUAGAGCCACUUUCAAAAAGGAAACAGGCUGUGGAACCACUUCUAAAAAUAAAGCAGGCUGUGGAGCCGCUAAGGAACCAGGCUAUGGAGUCCUUUCCUAA